AUGAUUUAAGAUUAAUAUUUGUUAAUGCUAAAACAGAACUCAAUAUCUAACUAAAUAAUAGAGGCUUAUUUACAAUAGAAAUAAUAUCUUAUAAAGUAAAAACAACAUAAUUACUAAGCAAUGUGAUUUCUUACUUUGCAAAUAUAAUUACAUAUGGUCCAAUAGCAUUGUUUAAUGCCCAGAAAAUAUGCUCUUCUAAAUAGUCUUAAUAAUUUGUUAGUACAAUUAGGAAAAAUUAUGAAACUAUGUUUGGUUUAAAUGAUUAACAAGAUUCAUAAAAUUUUAUUGAUAAAUCUUAGGAUUAUUUUAAACAAUACUUUACAGAGUAGAUAUUAGAUCAACACUAUUUAAACUUUUUAAAUGAUUUAAAAGAUUGUUCUUAUAUUAAAUAAUUGAAUAGAAAUUAAUGGCUUGAUUAACUAUAAGAAAUUAUUGAAAUUUCUACAAUUUAAGAAGUAAAUUUAUAGUAUCACUUAUUAGAUCAACCAAACUUAAAUUAUUAAUGAAUAAUUUGAAAGUGACACUUUAGCUCGGGAAAGAAAGAGGUAAUUUUAUUAUUUAAUAUUAUUAGUAUUUGUUAUGAUGGUGAUGAAGAGAGAACCCCUUAAUAGAGUGAAGAGGAUGAAUAAAAUAAAAAUAAAGUAAGUAAUUAUAAAGAAAUCAAAAAAGUAUUAAAAAAAUAAGAAAGAAAAAGAAUUAUAAAAUGGAGAAGGAGGUGAAGAGGGUUAUGAUGCCAGUAAUUCAGAUCAUAAAAUUAAGAUUUCAAAAUUGCCUAGAAGAAUCAUUUAGAGAAGAAAGUAAGCAAACAAUCAAGAGUUUGAUACAGAUAGAGAAUAUGUAUAUAUUUUAAUUUAUUUAGAAAUAAAAAGAAUGAAC